UCCGAAACCAAUCCGGGUCUUCGCUGCCUUCGGAGUUCGACGUCGCUUAAUCGGACGCCGGGGAAUUCCACGUGUCACGUUGCGACCGUACUCCGGAAAAUGAUCGGAUCGAUUGUUCUUGCUCUCCUCCUGCUCUGCCAAUCGAUCAACGCCGGGGGAUGCCUGCGGGCGAACGGCACUCACGACGAAAUCUCAGAGGCAGCGCACCGGCACAGGCUGAGAAGGAGCCUCACGUUUCCCGAUCAGUCUAUGCUCUUGCUGAUCUUCGGUCUGGGCACUCCGCUGCAGCUGGAUCGCGAGAGCGUAAUUGUGGGCGUGUUUGCGAAAAUGUGGUACACCUUGCCGAGCAACGCCACGGAUUUCACCGAGCCGGGGGUGUAUUACACGAGAGCCAGCAGGAGCAGGUGGAGCUUUUACAGGAUGUUCGAAAGGGUGGCGGCCAUGUACGGCUUUGGUGGCAAAGAGUGUUUACUCAGGGCCAUUUGCGAAGUCGCUUACGUCCCAUUCGACGUCCGUCACGGUUUGCUGGGACAAUUGGUGCAGACGUUCCUCAGGUAAAUGAAUCGCGUGCUAUUUGGGAAAAUUGACGCGCUCGGAUCUCACGUCGCGAAACGCAAGUCUCUCUCUCUCUCGGACGCAGAUGCAAAGAAGACAGAAAGAAAGGGUUAUCGUAAUUAAAUAGAGACGUCUCUUUUC